AUGGAUCUUCUGAAGGAGGGUUCUUUUCGUUAUGUAUCCAUUCUGCUUAUUGUUUUCGGCUUCCGGUCUUCAGAUCCAUGUCUUCCCGCCACUUCCGAGAUUGUAGAGGCAUAUGAUCGACUGCGAAACAAUAUUCUCUUGCUCUUUGACCUUCGUGUUGCCCUGCUCCAGCUUGAAUAUGAGCUUCAGUCAGCCAAGCUCAAAAUGGAACAGUUUGCUCCAGAUAGAGUGCUGCCCCGUAGCCUUGCUGCCCUCAGCUUUUGUGAAUCCUCUUUGCCCGCUGCCGACGCCGAAUCUAUCGGAAAGGGGGGUGUUAAUAUUAGCGCUACUGGUGGUAACGAAGAUCGCCGUUUGGAUCCGUCUAUUGUGAUGGCUCUACGAUCUGCUGAGAGCCGGCGCCUCCUGCCCCCCAGACAUUCCUUUGGCAUUGCGGGCAGUCUUUUGGCAGCAGCCGGAAGCCAAGCGUUAGUCCAAUCCAGAACUCAAGCAAUGUAUGAAGUUUAUAUUCUUUCUUGA